GAUGUAAUAUAUUCUUAGUUACAAGUACUCCUUCAUAAAAUUCUUAAAAUUAUUUUGAUUAUUGUUCUGCGCAAUGACGGCUGCGCAUUGCACGUAUAUAAAAUUGCAUAUCAAAUUUAAUCGCAUUACUUGACUUAUCGACCAAAUUGAACAUAUAUAAAUUGUAUCGCAGUAUAGCGAUCAUGUUAAAUACGAAUAAUAAAAGAAAAUUAAAUUUAUUGAGAUAUUAUAGCUCAUCGAAAUUUUAGUAACUAUGCGAUGGAGGGAUUAGUUGGUAAUAAUGCUGGAAGGUGCGCUAGUGUUCCACUAAGCUACCCCCAGUCUUACUACCCCCACCCUUCCGUUUCAGCUCCCCUAGCUAGUGCAAAUCUCGACGGAUGAAUGUUUUCUUAAGGGAUUCUUCCCGAAACCGACGCGAAAUUAUAAGAGGAGUCAUCUGAGGCUUAGAAUUGCGUUCCUGGGGGGUGAUGGUACUCACGCCGACAGCGUCUCCCACAAAGAUUUCACCAUUUUUCAAUUAACAAAAAAAUUGUCUGCGUCGCACACACGUCACAAAUUCUUCGGUUAACCUGUCGGCUGGCUUCCUUCAAGUUAUUUUACCACAAUCAUGGAAAGCGGAAGUAAUUUGCCUAGUCCAGGCAAUUACCCUGGUGGUAAUCGACAACAAUUUUGUGUAUCAUGGAAUUCUCAUCAAUCGAACAUGCACAGUGCUUUUCCAAAGUUAUUGAGCUCGGAACAAUUCGUCGAUGUUACUUUAGCUUGUGAUGGUGGUUCUAUAAAAUGUCAUAAAGUGGUAUUAUCCGCCUGUAGCGAUUACUUAGAACGCUUGUUGCUAGAAAUUCCGUGUACUCAUCCUAUUGUUUUUCUGAGAGAUAUGAGAAUGUGGGAACUUCAAGCACUGGUCGAAUUUAUGUACCGUGGUGAAGUAUACGUUGAACAACAACAACUUGCUAAAUUGAUGCAAGCGGCAGAAGUCCUACAGGUUCGUGGCUUAUCCACUCAGGGAAGUGAUAGCUCUUCAAUCGAGAGUAACUCACAACAAGAUUCUAAUCCACCAAUUACUCCAUCAACGCCAACUCAACAUGAUGUACCUCAAUACAAAUCAGACGAUAUUCCAUCUAACGACGAAGGAAGCUCAAGCUUUUUGGAGCCUACCUCAGUUCCUGGAUCUAGUACAGGAAACGUUACAUCUCAAAAUAAUACUCCAACUUCGCAAAAUCCAAAUUCAUCUAAUUUUAUGGAACACAGUGAAGCAUUACAGCAUUUGGAAAAAGCCCUUAGCGCUUGCGAAGCUACUCUUACGGAAACUCAGGGGAUGGUUAAAAUGGAACCAGACGAACAAUUUUCUCAACAACAGGAUGUCAAACCUUAUUCCAUCACUAUGGUACGAAAUAGUAACUGCAGCAAUCCCAGCAGUCCGUAUCCUGUUACAGAAGGCUAUCAAAGACGACAAAGGCGUUCUGAAGAAGAACUCAGACAAGCUUCGGACAUGGUUGCACGUGGCAUGACAUUUCAAGUUGCAUCUGAAAAAUAUAAUAUACCAAUCAGUACGAUUCGUUUCUAUAUGGUUAGGAAGGGAAUUUUACAAAGGCGAAAGCGUGGCCGUGGUUCAAGCAAUCUUGGAGUAAACAGUCAACCUGAAAGCCCUGCAAGCCCACCAUAUCAUAUGAUAAACUACCGUUUACCAGACAGCCUAAAUUCCAGCCUACCGUAGUGCUAUACCAAAAGUAGUGAGUUUUUAGAUUUCAGUUGAAUCGAACAAAUUAUUUGUCGCUAAAGUUAGAGCUGUUCUGGACCGUCAUCCUUUCCUUUUAAACUCUUUAUGAGUUUUCUCUUUAUCCGUAUAUUAUUUUACAAUAUCUAAGAUGUUAAGUAUAAACGCGGUAUGCAGGCGUUAAUAAGAGUAUCUACUACUGCAUAAAACUCGUGCAUUUAUUUUAAAUUUUCAUAUAUAAAUUUUUUAAACGCAUGCACUGUAUAUAUGUAUGUAUAUAC